GUCGCCUCGGAAAUUGAGGAACGUCGAUGCGACCUGAUUGAUCGCCGCAGGUAUCUCAAGGACAAGGUCACUACGAUGGAACGUUCCAUCCCGGCUCUGAUGACAUGCAACAUGUGGAGGAUGGUCAACGACUGCCGCCGUGAUGCACCAUAUCGCAUAGUGCGACAGAUUGUGGAUAACCUUUCACCACAACCGGAUCCUAUCGACAGACUUCUUGCCAAAUUGAAGAGCACUGUCAACGAGCUACGCCUGGAAACGGCACAGUUGCAUGUACGGCACGAUUGACAUUCGACGAUAAA